UGUGGAUUUGACCGAUAUGUAUUUCCGUUGUAAGGUGUCUGAAUGAGCCCGUUGCCCACAUGAGAGUGCAUUUGGAGGGUAGUGAGAUACCGCUCACCUGAGGCACCUGUCUCCGCCUGCUGUGGAUGUCGUGUGUACAUACACACUUACGCCUGGUCGCAAAUGAGAGAGGACGAAGCGUGGAACAGCAAGAAUGAAGAGACUGCCAGUGUUGGCCCUCUUGUUGUGGGUCUGUACCCUGUUCUAUGUGGGAAUCUUCCUCUUCGUGGGGGGGUUCCUGCUGGUCCGACUGGAGGUGAACCGGACAAGCACCUGUGAGGACGUCCUGCUGCAGCCCGCGGGGUCGCAGGCGGACUUCUGCCGGGAUCAGCCUCGUUACCGUAAGGCAGUGGUACUCAUCAUCGACGCCCUAAGGGCGGAUUUUGCGCGGUACAACCCCUCGAACCUGGUCCCCCGUCCCUACGAGAACAAGCUGCCCGUGCUGGAGGAGCUCAUGUCGUCCCGGCCGACCCAUACCAGGCUGUUCACGUUCCAGGCAGACCCCCCCACCACCACCAUGCAGCGCAUCAAGGGCUUCACCACUGGCUCCCUCCCCACCUUCAUCGAUGUAGGCAACAACUUCGCCUCCAGCGCCAUCCUGGAAGACAAUCUCAUCCACCAGCUGGGCCAGGCAGGCAAACGCGUUGUCUUCAUGGGGGAUGAUACGUGGGAGAACCUCUUUCCAAAGAAGUUCCACCGUUCUUUGCCCUUCCCCUCCUUCAAUGUAAAGGACCUGCACACUGUAGAUAACGGGAUCCUUGAACACCUCAACCCUACCAUGAAAGGGGAUGACUGGGACGUGCUGAUAGGUCACUUCCUGGGCGUGGACCACUGUGGGCACCGCUACGGCCCAGACCACCCUGCCAUGGCCGACAAACUCACUCAGAUGAACAGUGUCAUCAGGUCAGUGGUUGAACAGCUGCAGAAUGACACCCUGCUGGUGGUGAUGGGUGACCAUGGGAUGACGGACACGGGUGACCAUGGAGGCGAGAGCCCCAAGGAGACAGAGGCAGCCCUCUUCCUCUACAGCCACUCCCCUCUCUUCCCUGCCCCUGGAUCUCAGGUUGAGCCUUCUGUAGUGCCUCAGACAGACCUGGUUCCCACGCUGGCUCUCCUCCUGGGUAUUCCCAUCCCUUACAGCAGUGUGGGGCAGGUUCUGCUGCCCCUGUUCCCCUCUCCAGGCCAGGCAGAGGGGCAAGGAAGUGGCCCUGAUCAAGCAGAGGCCCUGUGGAUCAAUGUAAAGCAGGUGAACCGCUUCCUGGAGACGUACUCCAGCAUGGCCAAAGACAUCCCGGCUGAUCGCCUGUCUGAGCUGCAGGCUGCUUUCGCCCGCCUGUCGGCUGCGUAUCUCGGCGCUGUCCAGCAGGGGGAGCAAGCAUCCCCCGAGCUGCUGCACUCCAUGCAGGCCUAUCUGAGCUCCGUCCGGGACACCUGCCGAGCCUCUUGGGCCCGCUUCCACCCGCUCAAGAUGGCCGCCGGGGUGGCGCUGCUGGGUGCCGCUUGUCUCCUGUGCUACGUGCUGUCGGAGCUGUCCUCGGCCGUGCUGGUGGAAGGGGCCGUGAGGGCCCCCCUGGUGGCAGGGGUGUGUGUGGGGGUGUGUGUUGCCAUAGCGCAGCUGGCGACUCAGGGCCACGUGGAGGCGCCCUGGUGCCUGGCGGCUGCUGCGGUUUCCUCUGAGAUCCUCUUCCUGUGGAGGAACCGCAGACGGUCCCCGCGGUCGUCGUCAUCCUCCUCCUCCUCCCAGAAGGGCCGGCCAGCUCCCCCGCGCCUCCUCAGCGCCGCCCUGGUGGUGCUGCUCCUGCGCUGCGCCUCGCUGCUCUCUGACAGCUACGUGAUCGCAGAGGGCCGCGUGGUCACCUUCCUGCUCUUCUCGUUCGGGCUCUACGUGCCCCUGCGCCUCAACUGGGACGGUUUCCUCCUGCCCCCGCCGCCCCCCGACUCCCAGAAGCCCCCGGGAGCCCUCCCCAUGCUGCCCCUCCCGGCGUGGGCGGUACGGCGUGAGGGGGUGGUGCUGUGUCUGAGCCUGGGUGUGCUGAUUGGCUCGCUGUACCUGACGCUGUCGAUGCACGCUUGCCGUGAGGAGCAGGGGGCGUGGUGCCAGCCGUCGGCGUUCCUAUCCCCACUGGCGCGUGUCCAGGACGGCCGCCUGCGCAACCUGCACUACCUGCUCUCCCUGGUGGCGUUGGUCGGCUGGACGUACCUGCUCUACCGUUGGCUGCGUCACUACGGCAACCUGAACUCGCCGGGAGUGGCUGUGCUGGCGGCGCGCUGGCUGUUGCCCACGGUGGCCGUGCUGACAGGGCUGCACUGGGCGGUGAGCGCCACCCCCGAGGACGGCUUCCGCGGCCUGGCUGAGCUCAUGCGCCUGGCGCAGUCCAUGUUGCCCCGCGCCGCCUUCGCCUUCCUCGGCCUAGGGGUGGCACUGCUGUGGCUGGACCCGCUCACCGUGUUUCUGAAGCACCGGGCGUCGGGGGGCCCCCGCGCCGCCUCCCUCCCCCCCCCAAGCUACCGUGCUAGCACGGGCAUCAGCCCCCAGGCAGAGCUGCACCACCUCAUCCCGCAGCUGUACCAACGCAUCCGCCGCUCGCUGGAGGACGGUCCUGAGGAGGGGCCCGACGAGGAUGGCCGGCCCGCCGUCGAGGCCUACGGCCUGGGUACAGUCUACUCGGCCCCGCUGGUGCUGCUGUGCGGUCUGCUGGGGGUGGGGCUGCUGCUGCUCCACUCUGAGACCAUGGCCCCUGCCUUCCUGCUGUUGCUGCUGGAGGCUGCAGCCCUGCUGCACAUCCAUGCUGCCUGCAGUACUCUCUCUGGCCAGCAGGGGGACUACUCCACAGGCUUCAGCGUGCCCUGGGCUCCGGUGGUGAUGUGGUCCCUGGCGGCGUCGCAGUUCUUCCACGGCACGGGGCACCUGCCCACCUUCCCGUCUCUGCAGUGGGGCGCGGCCUUCGUGGGGUUCCCCGAGGGUCACACCGGCACCUUGCUGCCCGCCACUCUUGUCACACUCAACACCUUCUCCUCACACAUCCUCUUCGCUGUGGCGUGUCCGUUGCUGCUCUUCUGGCCGCUGGUGUGUGAGGUUCGCUUUAACAAAAACGGGCGAACAGCAGGGGAGGAGUCUGAGGAAGGUGUCAUGGAGAUGCGAUUGAGAGAGAAUCCUCAGCAGUUUAGCGCUGCCCUCCUCCAGCUAGCAGCACGCUACCUCUUUGUCAAUGGAGCCCAGGUCUUUGCUUCAGUGUGUGCUGCUGCGAUACUCCGAAGACAUCUGAUGGUGUGGCAGGUGUUUGCACCCAAGUUGAUGUUUGCGGCCAGUGAGUUCGUGGUGAGCAGUGUGUUUCUGCUGCUCGGUGUGGCGCUGGUCCUGAGGGUGGAUGUGGCUGUAAGGGGCUGGUUCAAGAGACUCCUGUCUGAAGCCUCCAGGUAACAAUACACACAAUGCACCACCACCACCACUGCUGCCCUGGGCCUCUGCCUGGGAAAACUCCGAACUCUGGAGGUUACCAUGGGAACGCUCACAAUUCAAACUUCAACUGCCAUUCAGGACCAACUAAAGAGGACAGGACUGGAACACGAUCAAGUCUGCAGUGUGGAUAGCAGAGCUCUCGCUCGCUCUGUCUGUCUGUCUCUCACCCCACCUGCACGACGGUUGCCAUGUUACACUUUGAAGGAGACCACCAAUGAACCGAUUCUGCUGUUACUAAACACAACGUUUGUCCUUUUUUAAAGACUCUUUAUACUGAAACACAAAAAUUCUCUGAAAACAUUGAGCCAUCUGAGCUCUGAGUCGCACUGAGUCCUCCUCUUAAAGCAGAAGGUGACUCAUCAUUUCUUAUUGUUUUUCAAAGAGAGGUACGAGGAUGUAUCUUCUCGGCACUACUUACCAUUUUUAUGCCAGCGGAGGUUUGUGUGUGUGUGUGUGUGUGUGUGUGUGUGUGUGUGUGUGUGUGUGUGUGUGUGUGUGUGUGUGUGUGUGUGU